AUGCGGCAUUCCAGGCGAACUAAUUAUCCUGACUGGGAUAAAAAGGAAAGUCCGGAUCGCAGAAGAUGUGACAGUGCUAAUAAGAGAAAGAGGAGAUCAUUAAGUGGUGCACAGGAGAACAAGCACUGCAAACAUGAUCUUUCUAAACUUCCUGACAGUUCCUGUUCAGAAACCAAAUCUGUUAAUGAAAGAGACCAUCAUGAACGACGCUAUGUUGAAGAAUACAGAAAUGAGUACAAUCAAGGAUGUGAUACUGGGCAUCACAGUAGCAAAUCAUCAGGUCAUAGUGGGACAAGUAGUUACAAAAGGAAAUACAACACACAUCAUACUACGUGUCGUCAUCAUCAUUCACAGAAGAGUCAUCGAAGGAAAAGAUCCAGGAGUGUAGAGGAUGAUGAGGAGGGUCACCUGAUCUGUCAGAGUGGAGACGUACUAAGUGCAAGAUAUGAGAUUGUUGCCACUUUAGGUGAAGGUGCUUUUGGAAAAGUAGUGGAAUGCAUCGAUCAUGAAGCGGAAGACAGACAUGUAGCCGUGAAAAUAGUGAAAAAUGUUGAUAGGUACUCUGAAGCAGCUCGUGCAGAAGUACAAGUACUGGAACAUUUAAAUGCAGCGGAUCCUAGCAAUACAUAUCGCUGUGUUCAGAUGUUAGAAUGGUUUGAGUACCACGGACAUGUCUGCAUUGUUUUUGAGCUGCUGGGGCUCAGCACCUACGACUUUAUUAAAGAGAAUGGUUUUCUGCCGUUCAGGCUGGACCACAUUAGACAGAUGGCAUAUCAGAUCUGCAAAUCUGUGAACUUUUUGCAUUUGAACAAGUUGACACAUACGGAUUUGAAACCAGAAAAUAUUUUAUUUGUGACGUCUGACUAUGUAGAAGAGUAUAACCCCAAACUCAAAUGCGAUGAACGCACGUUAAAAAAUCCAGAUAUCAAAGUUGUGGACUUCGGGAGCGCAACGUAUGAUGACGAGUAUCAUAGCACUUUGGUGUCUACAAGACAUUACAGAGCUCCUGAAGUUAUCCUAGCACUGGGAUGGUCACAACCAUGUGAUGUUUGGAGCAUCGGAUGUAUUCUCAUAGAAUACUACCUUGGAUUCACAGUAUUUCCGACCCGUGACAGCAAAGAACACCUUGCAAUGAUGGAACGAGUACUGGGGCCUUUACCAAAUGACAUGAUCAGAAAAACCAGGAAACGCAAAUAUUUCCAUCAUGACCAGCUGGACUGGGAUGAACACAGUUCUGCUGGAAGAUACGUCUCAAGGCGCUGUAAGCCCCUGAAGGAAUUCAUGACCUGCCAUGAUUCUGACCACGAGAAUCUCUUUGACCUCAUUCAAAAGAUGCUGGAGUAUGACCCAGCCAAGCGCAUUACUCUUCAAGAAGCCCUGAAACAUCCUUUCUUCUUCCCAUUGAAACGGGGAAAAAAGGGCACUGUCUCCUGUACAGAUGUCAGUCCACCAAAGAAACGUAAAAUAUGUUAA